CCAGUGAUUCGGACAUCACAAUUGUUCGGCUGCAAAAGAACUCCAAAGCUGGCUAUAGGUCUACAGAGGCAUGCGAAGGGAACUAGAGAAGCAAGCAGAAAGGAAUGUCGGUGUUGAGAGGUCAAUGAAUUCUAAGAUUUUCGGCGUCAACACUGCGACAAGUACCGUUACAGGAGAUGCCAAUAGGUCAGGUUAGGUUGAGGAGGUUAUACACGUUCAUACACGUUUACCUAAGCGAAUGCCGAAUAAGUAUAAACGGUCAGUGGUUGCAACUUCUUCCCAAAAAACAUCUAUUAUCUAUUAACAAGAAUUGGAUUCAAAUUUCACACUUUGAAACCUUUGAAAAGCAGUAAAAAUGCAAGCUGAACAGGAUUGUGCAUAGAAUGCCCCCUUUCAUAGAUGCUUGAUAAUUCGAAGGUGACGAUACUACCACCGGUUUUAAGGAUGGAAGUUCGACGUAGAAAAACGAAAACAUUGGACGGUACAAAAUCAUCCUUGCGUACAAAACUCAGCGCUAAGUUUGAAGAUGACGAAGCUUCACAGAAGAUUCCUCGAGAUGAGGGAGCUGGAGAAUCCGUAUCGGGGACGUUGAUUGAAAAGCUUGCCGAGUCGAAACCUUCCAAGGUAGCUCCGACAAAAAUUAGGAUUAAUUUAGAGAUUGACCUUGUUGCAAUGAUUCUCUUACUGGCAGGUCUUGCUACAAGACUAUAUAGAUUAGAAGAGCCUCACAGCAUAGUUUUUGAUGAAUUACAUUAUGGCAAGUAUGUUGGUUUAUACAUGGUGAGAACAUUCUUCUUUGAUUCGCAUCCUCCAUUGGGAAAGCAGCUUGUUUCUGCGGCUGCGUAUUUGGCAGGAUUUGAUGGACAAUUUAAAUUUGAUAGAAUUGGAAGUCCUUUUGGGGAGGAUGUACCUCUGUUUGCAUUAAGAUUAGUACCAGCAUUGUGUGGAAGUUUAGCACUUCCAACGGCAUAUCAUUUAGCACUCGAAGUAGGCUUAAGACAGUGGAGUGCUGCAAUUGCAGGAUCAUUGCUAUUAUUUGAUAAUGCUUUCUUGACUCAGUCAAGAUUUAUCUUGAUGGAAAGCAUCUUAAUACAGUUCUCAUUGUUUGGAUUACUUUGUAUCAUGAAGUUCAGAAAAAUUAUGGAUCGGUGGACGACACCCUCUUGGUGGAUAUGGUUGUCUCUAGGAAUAAUAAAUUUGACAUGUGCUUUAUGCGUGAAGUACGUUGGGUUUUAUUCACUGAUGCUUGCAUUAUUUUUAAUCACACGGGACUAUUGGAAUCUCAUACCAAGGAAGUACUUAACCCGGACAGUUCUUUGGGGACAACUUCUUGCAAGGGUUUUUGUAAUCAUCUUUGCUACGAGUGCUGUAUAUUUAGGAGUUUUCUACAUACAUUUAUCUACAUUAACAAAAGCUGGACCUCACGAUUCAGUGUUGACGAGUGCCUUUCAAGCAAGUCUAGAUGGAGGGCUUGCCAGUAUAACAAAGGGUCAACCACUGGAGGUUACGCAUGGUUCCCAAAUUACCCUCCGACAUACCUUUGGCAGAGCCUGUUGGUUACACAGCCAUACUCACAUUUACCCUCUGCGAUAUCCGGAUGGUCGUGGCAGUUCACACCAACAACAAGUGACAUGCUAUUCUUUUAAAGACGUAAAUAAUUGGUGGAUCGUUAAAAGACCCGACACAACCGAUCUAGUAGUAACUAAGCCGAAUAAACCGAUCCGCCAUGGUCAAAUAAUUCAAUUGGUUCACGGCAUAACUAGCCGGGCUUUGAACUCUCACGACGUGGCAGCUCCAAUGACGCCACAAAGUCAAGAGGUUUCAUGCUACAUCGACUACAAUGUAUCCAUGCCUGCACAGAAUCUCUGGAGAGUAGAGAUUGUGAAUAAGGAACAAUCUGGUGACGUGUGGCAUGCCAUCCGCAGCCAAGUGCGACUGAUUCAUGUGAAUUCAAUGUAUGCUUUAAAAUUUAGUGGAAGGCAACUUCCUGAUUGGGGUUUCAAUCAACAUGAAGUUGUUGCCGAUAGGCUGGUGGAACAGUCAGAUGCUGUGUGGAAUGUAGAGGAGCACAGGUACACAAAGAGCGAGGACCAAAAGCAAAGAGAAAGGGAAUUAAUCAGUGCCGAGAUGAUUCCUCUACGAGCGACUACUUUAAGUUUUUGGGAGAAAUUUAUUGAGUUGCAAAUUAAAAUGUUCUUUAGUGGACAGGAAGGACAAAACAGCCACAUGUACUCCAGUGGACCUCUGGAAUGGCCCUUUAUGGUCAGAGGCAUUGCCUAUUGGGUGUCCAAUGAAAGCAACGCACAAGUUCAUCUUUUAGGAAAUGUGGCAGUAUGGUAUACUGGUACGAUCGCAGUGAUUGUCUAUACACUUCUUUUGAUAUUUUACUUACUAAGACGACGAAGAAUGUGUUUCGACAUUUCUGACGAAGAAUGGAAACGCUUUAUGAAUAUUGGUGAGGUUUUCCUCGCCGGGUAUUUACUGCACUUUCUGCCUUUCAUGUUUGUCGAGCGAACAUUGUUCCUGCAUCAUUACUUGCCGGCAUUCGUCUUUAAGAUUCUGCUGACUGCUGCAACAAUGGAUCACUUGUUCUAUUUAAUUGGAUUUCACUUACAAUGGAAGAUAGUUUUAUCUCUUUUCAAGUUGAGCAUUGUCUUCUGGAUUGGUUUCGUCAUUUACGUUUUCAAGAAGUUUGCUGCUCUCAGCUAUGGAAUGACCCCGCUCACUGCCACCGACAUUUUCAAGUUAAGAUGGAGUGACACGUGGGACUUUAUUGUUCACAAAACGUAAAGAUUAAAUCGAAUGAAUGGCAGUUCUUCCAUUUUUUAAAAUGGAAACAAAACUUGUGGUCAUCUGUUUCGGGAGAAUUGCACAUGAAAGAACUGCUAACUGUCUGGGUCGCACUUCAAAGAAAUGCAAGAAUGUGUGUCAGUUUUAACGAACACUGAGGUCGCUAUACCGAAUAGUGUCCAAGUGAGAUUAAUAGGUAAGAUAAUACUCAUUUCUUAUACGCGUAAUUUUAUGACCAAUAGAAUAUCUAUACAUAUAUUUUUAUAGUUAUAUUUAUGGAUGUGGUUUAUCAUAUAUGCUUAUGUUUUGCCGUAACGUUUGUUGGUUAUACAGAGUAGUCUCAAAGCAUUAUGUGCAGGUUUUAUUGGAAUUAUGUGACGUUACGUCUGCUAUUUCCAUUAAAGGGUUAUAACUUUUUAAA